AUUUUUACUUCCGCUCCGAAUCGAAAAUGUUCCUGCUUUUGGGCAUAUUCAUCUACAGCAUUCGACCGAUGAAUUGCUUCUCAAGACGGGAUAAAUUCUUGAAUCCGAAAUUUUCAAGUUUUCAUUUCAGGAGGAAUACUUCAUCGAUCGUGAACCUUUGAAAUCUUCGAAUGAAAUGUCUGUGUAUGUCAGGCUGGAGCUUUCUGCUAUUACUUGUGCUUUUUGCGUUUCUUCGUGUUGCCGUCGUGAAGGGUGACUAUUGUGGUCUUGGGCGAGAGUUUGAACUGCGUUUGCCUUGAUAAAUUGCGCUGCAGUAAUUAUGAAUGCCAAGAAGCUGAGUCUCCAAUUGUCCUAUUUUUGAGCAUAAUCCCUGCAGAAGUAAAAGUGCCGAACGCUUGUGUAUUAAAUUUAAAGUUUUAUGACCCCUCAAUACAAAUUAAUUUUAUUGACAAGGUGCUUUAAUUUGGAUGUAACAAGCUUGCUAAUUUUCGAGUAUUUAUUCAGGAAAUACUGUAGUAUUUUUUCUGGCUCAGUUGUAUAGUGCGAAAAUAUUAUAAUUUUCGCUUUGGAGUGCCUCUACUUUAAUUUGGAAAGCAAGAUAUGUUUUUCUGGGAACCGGGAAAAGUUCGAGUAAUGCAGGAAAUUGCUGAGAAGGCAUUCAUCUUUAGAAGGGAACGUUUCAGUGAAAGGGACAUUCGGCGGAGGCGGCUCUCGUAUCCAAAUGUUUGUCCUUGUAACCGAAACCGUAUACCUGUACCGGCUUUGUUGCUAAGAUUAACGGAUUACGUUCCAUAUUGUUGUAAGACGCAUUCGAUGUUUUUCAUCGGGUCAACCCAUACUUUCAGUAUCAGAAGCGGUUGACGUAUUUUUCCCUUCACUGCUCCGCGUUUGUUCAUUUCUGCUGAGGAAAAUAUUUUGGUUUUUACAGUAGAACCAGUCUGUGAACCGCUGGUGAGAUUAGCACUAAGAUAUUGUAGCAUCAUCGUUUUAACCGGAGAAUUUGGAACUCCCGAUUUUCCGGAAUUCCCGCUUUGAGUCUGCGUGUGAUUGGGGGUGCUUCCCCGAAACGUUGAAAGUGCGUCUGUUAGCACAUCCUUUUGAGGGGGAAUUCCAUGAUUUUGUGAUUCCUUCUUUGCAUUUAUGAUUUCGACCAGGUUCUUGUUGGUAUGUUGUGGGAGCUUCAUAAUUUUUGGGGUUAUUUUUAUUUUUUGCUGUGCCAGUUUCUUGUAGGUAUUAUGGUGUUCAUUGACAUAAUAAUUGACGGUGGCUGUGUUGUUUAUGCGGGUACGACAUUGAAAACGGAAAUUGUGAUAGAAAAUGCUCCGCGGCAUGCGAAAGUGUUGGAGGUCAUAUUACAUGGUUUCGGUCAAGUGGAAUGGCAGGAAGAAAGACCGGCGAUGUCUGAAGCUGAUGCAAUGUUGCCUAUUUUUGAUACUUUCAAGAAGACGGAGGAGUAUAUUUUCCUAAGGAAAUCGACUGUGAUAGAGAAGCAACUGAGGACGUUGUUUUGGAAGCGCGGGCAAAUGAGAGUGACAUUGGAGCUUCCUGCGCAUACGUUUCUGUUGGGUGAAGACAUCCGUGUUCAAGCGAAAAUCAUCAAUCACAGUUCUGUGGCUGUUCGGAAGUCGAAGGCGUCUGUGUUUCAAUUGUUCACGUGGAAUGGUUGUCGACGUACGAAACCAGAAUGGGUGCAGAUCGCCAGUGUAACGUGUGGUGUUGUUGCACCGGGCGAGAAAUUCCAUUGGAACAACGUGCCUCUGAAAAUCCCGACGGAUAUACCACCGAGUGAUUUAGGGCCUCGUUGCCGGUUGUUCAAAGUUCUCCACGGAUUCCAGUUCGACGUGGUUCCCGAAGGCUUGCACAGAGAGGUGAAGUUUCGAUCACGUGUCUAUUUUGUGUCUAAACACAGUCUUCGAUCGGAUGGAAACACGGAGAAUGCCGCUGUAACUUCGCAACAAGAAAUGCCAUCCGUUGAGGGAAACGAUCCCCCGCCUUCAUAUGAAGAAGCAUGUGCUGGUGUUCCUGGCCGUGAUCGUGAAAUUGAAUUGUGAUCUACGAACGUGUGCGACAUCCGGAUAUUUUUGUGUUUAAAACUGAAGGAUGUUUGUAAUGAUGAACUACUGCUGUGAAAAACCUUAGGCUGCUCAUUUCAACUUGGACUAGAUUCUUAAUUGUAGUUUGAGACAUUUUCAACGUGAAAAUAGUGUGUUGUUGAUUUUCACGUUUUUUUUACGCAUUACAUUUGAC